AGGGGGAGUAGGCAAAUUGGGUUUCCUUGUGGACCCUGAAUUAGCCCAAAACUUGAACAGCAUGGAAUGUAAUGUCCAAAUUAUAGUGGGCUUAAUCCGGCUUGCGGGCCUUCUUAAUUUUGGAUUUUAGGAUCCAUUCAUCAGUCGAAAGUCAAAACCAUGACGGUCUGCGAAAACGUAACUAGAUUACAUGUCAUUCGGUUCCGGCUGACGUUUACAGCACCGGCAAUGGAAAUUCUUCUCUUGGGAAUUCUAUACCAGCUGAGCGGAGAGCUGAUUCCUUCUGAAUUUCACGGAGAAAUCUGAAUUGUUUCCGCUCGAGCUGUUGCUGUUGUCGAGGAUUAGAUAAUUUAUGUUGUGGGGUUGUUUGAUUUGGGCUGAGAAGGAGAAAAAGAGAAGGAUUCAAUGAAGAGCCGAUCACAUAGGAUUCCUUCGUCAUCUGUGGAACACAAGGAUGACUGGGUUGAGGAGUCUUGGACGGUGGAUUGUGUGUGUGGUGUCAAUUUUGAUGAUGGAGAAGAGAUGGUUAAUUGCGACGAGUGUGGGGUGUGGGUCCACACUCGCUGCUCACGCUACCUAAAGACCGACAAGUCAUUCGUUUGUGAUAAAUGCAAGAAUAAUGGCCACCGUAGUAACCACCGCCGCCUUCGGCAUAAUAAUAAUGAUAGCAGUGAGGAAACUGAGGUUGCACAACUGCUUGUGGAAUUGCCCACUAAGACCUUGAGAAGAAUGGAUAAUAAUUCCCUUCCCCCGCCCCCGCCUCCGCUGCCUUCAUCCGUUAAAACUUCAGCUUUGACUACUUCUAGCCGGCCUAGCAAGCUUGACAUUCCCAUCGAAGAGAGGGCUCAUGUGCAAGGGGUUCCUGGUGGUGGUGAUCCGACUUUGUUUUCUGGUGUGUCCUCUAUUUUUGGGGCCCAGUUGUGGAAGUCUACUGGCUAUAUUCCCAAGAAGUUCAAUUUUAGGUAUCGAGAGUUCCCAUCUUGGGAUGAGGAGGACAAAGAAGGGGUGCCGGCGAAAGAAAACUCUGCCGAGAAGAGUGAAAAACAGAUGGAUUCUGCUGAUAACGGUGCUAACGCUUUGUUCUCCUUGACAAAAUUAGAUGUGCCACAGCAGGAGGUGCUUGCAGUGGACCCCGUUGGUAAGGGAAGCGAUGGAGUUGUGUGUGCUAAGGAAACUGGUAAAUUGGAGGGUAAGAAGUCUGGUGUUUUGACACCACGGAGUGAGGUGAGUAAGGAUAGAAACUUGGUGAAGCCUCCUUUGCUUCAUUUUGAGAAGCGCAAAAAAGAAGAUCUGGGCAACGUUAAGGAUAAAAGUGGAAAGAAGAGGGCCAGGUUAUUAGAGAAAGACAGAGAUUCUAAUAAGAAAAUUUGGUCACGAACCCCAGGCUCUAUGGCUGUUGAAGUUGAUCCUCAAUGCGGCAAUGACGGAAAUUUGAGUCAAUUAUCACUUGAUCCUGAUGUCGUUGACCGUGCGAUUGAUGCUCAGAAAUUUGACGUUAAGGAGAAUCGCAGGGAUCAAGUUCCCCUGAAAUUGGAGGAAUCAUCGAAGCUAUUAUGUGACCGUGGCAAUACUUCUGAGGCUGUCCCUGAAAAACAAGAGAUCAUUGUGGUCACUCCAAAUGUUUCCAAAGGGGAGUCAUUGAGUACUGGUGGGACUGGGUCAGAGCACAUUCCAGAAAAUUUGAUAUCUGCAGGACCUAGAAUGGGGGAGGACACAAGGGCUCCUGAAAGACAUGCCAAGUUAAAAACAGAACUUGCUAAUGGUUGCAGAAAUACCAAUGUGAAGCCGUCCAUGUGUCAGGCCGAACUAAGUUCACCAGGGACUUCACUCCAGUCGCAGGAGAGAGCUGCCAGUCGUUUGUCUGAAAAUGUUGCCAUCAGUGAUACUAAUGUUACUGGUAUCAUGUCCCAUGAGAGCAAGAGAGAUACUGUCCGAAAGUCAGAUGUCGUUGAUCUGCAUAAACGCAGAAUUGAGGGUGAUAAUUCUGCGGGCCUAGAUGCGUUUCGAGAAUCGAAGGAUUUGUCAUCUGGUUUUGGUUCAAUUGCUGCUUUGGGUUGUAAUAAGGGCAACGUCGCAACCGCAAGUCCUAAAGUGGUUGCUGGUGAUGGUACAGUCUCAGGUUCUGUUGGAAGCUCUUUUCCAGCUUCUGUGAUUCUGAUGUGCAAGUCAUCUGCUUCUGAGAAUUGUAAUAUUGAUGCGACCAACCAAAAUGAUAAUGGUGAUAGUAAGCAGAAGCAAAUACGCGAAAGCAAUCAUAGUGGUGCUUCGACUGAGGGUGAGGACGAAUGUAGGCAUGAAAAAUCUGGGAAAUCAACAAAAGAGCCGUCCAAACGUGCAGCUAGUCCUCCUGUGCAGACAUCACCAUCACAGUUAAAGAAGUUAUCACAUGCUGCCAUUGCUUCAAAAAGAACAUCAUCUGAAAUAAAAGAUUCGAUGCUUGAUUCAUCUUCUCACCCCACAUCUGAGCUGGCUAAUGUGCAGAAAACUGAGUGUCCUAUGAACAUCCCAAAGAUGUCUAGUGCAUUGCUGGAGAGUGCUUCAAUCAUAGAAAAGGCUGUUACUGAGAGGCCUUUGAACUUUCAGAAGGUGGCUAGUGCAUUAUCUGAGAGUGCUUCAAACAUAGAAAAGGCAGUUAAAUUAUCUCAAAAAGGUGAGAAAUUUAACCAGAUUGUGUCUCAAUCUUCAUCAGCUAAGGCUAAUAAUGCUUCAGCCCAUCCUGCUGCAUCUUCUAACUCGCCUUCAACACUUAGUGACGAAGAGCUUGCUUUGUUGUUACAUCAAGAACUUAACAGUUCUCCAAGAGUUCCUCGUGUGCCACGCAUGCGGCACGCUGGAAGCUUGCCUCAGUUAGCAUCAUCAGCGGCCACAAGUAUGCUAAUGAAACGCACUUCUAGUACAGGAGGAAAAGAUCAUGGUUUGACAUUUCGAAGAAAGAUCAAGGGUUCCGGGGAUAUGGAUGAUGAAUCUAAGAAGACGGAGAGAGCUGUCUCUUCUUCAAUGGAUCACAGGCGUCAAGAUUCUGCAUUUGUGACUGAUCGCAUUAGCAAGAGAGAAGCUGACAGUGGAUCGGGAAAUGGCUCGUAUAGUACAAAGAAGAUUAAUGCUCCAUCUAGAACAGUUGCAAGUGGCAGUUUAUCGACUUCAGCUGAGGGAAAUGAGAGUAAUUUCUCAGGCUCGCGGCUCUCUCCAAGAGUUCCUUCUGACGAUGAGAGAGUACCUGUUGGUCGUCAUACUCACCGCACUCUACCUGGUUUGCUUGCUGAGAUAAUGAGUGAAGGGAAGCGAAUGACAUAUGAAGAACUUUGUAAUUCAGUUUUGCCGGUAUGUAUAAGCUUUGCCUUGCCCGCCUUUGUUGGAUUUUUAAUCACUUUAUCUUCUAUAGUGACAAAAUUAUGCUUUCCAAUCUAUCUAAAAUUGCACAUUUACGUAGCACUGGCCUUACCUCCGGAAGCACAAUGGGGAGCGAUAUGCAUACUCAAGUCACUCGCAGGCUGUUCUUGAUUGCCUAAGGAAUCGAAACGAAUGGGCUCGCUUAGUUGAUCGUGGUCCCAAGGUAUGGGUCCUCAUGACUUCUAGUAGUUUGUAACAUUUUGAAUCCUCACUUUUGUCAGAUUGUCCACGGGGUCACUUGCUUAGCAUUAAACAAAAAGCUUGGCAAUACUUUAAUUUCUUUUCACCUUCCGCGAGGAAGUAAAAUAUUCAUUUGCCAGCAUUAGUCAGUAGUAUCAGUCGACAUGCCAGAUGAGCUGAAUGAAGAUAUAGAUACUGAAGCCCCAGGAUUUUCACGCUUUGCAUUGUGCUUUACUGAAGUAAUUAGAAGUUCUGUAAUGCUCCAGUCUUCCAACCUCGCUGUUAAGUUUUGAUUACUGAACUGGAUUGUCAUCACGCGCUCCUCACUAAAAAUUGCAUGCCCUCUAGGCUAAAAAGUUGCAAAGUUAAGUAGUUAGAAUUCAGUUCUGUAUCUCAGCAUAUUUUGUGGGAAUUGUGAAGUAAAAGAGUUUUGGUGUGAAAUCUUUGAAGCAGACAAGUGGAGGUAGGAAAAGGCGCAGGGCUGAUGCUGUAGUUGAUGAAUCAGAGGACAAUGAUGAUGGCAGGGAUCAUCUUUCGGUGAAAGAUGGUGGUUCCAGGAGGGGCAAAACAGUUGAGUCGCACCAUGAAGAGUUUCCCAAGGGUAAAAGAAAUGCACGAAAGCGGAGGCAUCUGUCCCUGCAAGGAAGAGGCAUCAAGGAUGUUAGGAGACUUCGGGGCAAGAAAGAUGGAAUCAGUGAUGAAGAGGAAGAUGGUGAUUCGUUUUCUGAUGAUUCUGCUGAGGAAACAAUGUUUAGCGAAGAAGAUGAGAUACAAGGAGGGCAGGAAAUAGCUGCUGGCAAUGACAUGUCUGCUAACUCAGAUGGGCAGGAGAGCGCCUAACGCAGGUGUUGGGAAAUGGCUUGUUUGUAACCUGUAUGAUGUCAUGCAUGGUGUAAAUAAGCUAUAGGUUGUAAAUAAUUAGUGGUUGUCUGGUGUGUUUUUCUUUAUUUGUACCGUUCUGAUGUAGGUUUUGGUUCGGAAUGGUACUGUACUAGGUUUUAAUUGUUAAAAACAUUGCGUCGGAUUCUGUAAAGGCUUGCCGCAUUCUGCAAGAGCUUUUGCCGUCGACCAGUAAUCUAGAAACUUUAAUUCAGUGGUCGCGGUUUUGUAAUGAUUCUUACUUGAAUUUCAUUUCCGAGGAAUGAAUUUCAUUGUGCGGCGGUCUAUAUUGUUUUUGUUUCGUAACGAUUGUUGAUUGCAUGAAAAG